AUGAAAAGUUCUGGAUAAGAUCACCAUCACUUUAGAAGAAAGUUUUACACUCAUAAAAUUUUAAUUAGUAGGAAUAAAUUCGAGAUGAUUCAAAAACAAUAGUAUAAUGAAAUUGAUAUCCAGAAAACAGAUUAAAAUUAUAUAGGAAACUUGUUAGGAAGCUUAGCUUAUCUAUUCAAAAUAAGAUAAUUUUUAGAAUUUAUAUGCAAAGAGAAACGAGAAUUAAGUUAGAAGCAUAAAUUUAGAAUGGUAGCUAUUAGAAUGAAAUUGGAAAGAAGUUUAUCAAGAAAAGUGAAUCAUUUGAAAGAAGAGAAGAGUUAGGCUAGAAGUAAAAAAAAUUAGAAGUAAAAAAUUUUGUAAAAAUUAAGAUAGAAAACAGUUAUUGAAAUUAAAAGUAUCUUAAAAAUUAAAGAAUUAUAUUUAUAAUAUGAGUGACAAACAUGAAGAAGGUUUGAAAAAAUCUAAAACUUUGAAAAAAAAUUAGUUGUUAGGUAAUUUUGUAUAUCAAAAUGAGAUAGAUAUUUUGAUAUAAAAAUAGAGAGCUAAAUAAGUAUCUGAAAUUGCAAAUAGAUAUAAAAAUUUAGAAGAGAAGAUAAAUCAUGUUAAAGAUGAUUUUAAAUAGAUAGAUUUAUCUUUUGAUUUCUGA